UUCAUUUAAACACCGACCAGUUGGAGAAGAAAUUCCUGUAACAAAUUAUUUGAGGCUGUUCAGUUAAUCCAAGAUGGCUUUGCAUAAAGAUCGACAUGAAAUGUCUGCUAUAUAUAACAUCAGCAAUCCUGGUUCCUGCAACAAUAUUCCAAAGAGCCACUCGGGUGAAGACAGCAAAGCCUCUUCUGCCGCAUCUGGACUUCAACUGUACAAAGUUGGCACAGUUGCCUUUGGACUUCUAUCUCUUCUUCUGCUCGGUCUUAUCAUUUACGUUGCUUGCCAUAUGGAAGUGAGAAGUAGAACCUUAACAGAAGAGAGAAGUGAGCUCAAGAAGACACUGAAUGACUUAGUUUCGAAGCAAAAUUCCUUGACUGAAGAGAGAGACAAUUUGACGAGGAUAAACUCUGAUACUGAGGCCAGAUUAACAGCAAUCUCGCUGGAAAGAGAUGAGCUGAAGAAGAGCCUCAACAUUACAGAUUCCCAGCUCCGCUCAGUGACUGAAGAGAGAGACAGGUUGAAGGUGAAAAUUGGAUGGAGGAUUUUCAGAGGCAGUGCGUACUACACGUCUUCUACAGAAAAGACUUGGCAGGAAAGUAGAACCUACUGUCAGUCCGUAGGUGCGGACCUGAUGAUUAUCAACAGCAAAGAAGAACAGAACUUUGCAAACAGUUUCCAGACGUACAUGUGGAUCGGCUUAACUGACUCAGAGACGGAGGGAAGAUGGAAAUGGGUGGAUGGGAGUCCACUGACCACAAGCUACUGGACAGACGGUGAGCCGAAUGGUAACGCAGGAGAAAACUGUGGUGAAAUAAAGACUUUCACCGCAGAGAGAAGCUGGAAUGAUGGAACAUGUUCUCACUCACUUAAAUGGAUUUGUGAAAUGAAGCUUUCCUAAUAGUAGUGCUAAUAGGAACUAGAAAAACAAA